AUGAAGACAGAAGACAACGGCAACAACAAACGACCCUCUGAGUUAAAAAUUCUUCCUUGUAUGAGUUAUAAACAAAUUCAACAAUCUAUCUUUCAUAUCUAUCUAUCUAUCUAUCUAUCUAUCUAUCUAUCUAUAUCUAUCCAGCCACCUCACUCAAUUUUGAAACUAUCUAUCUAUCUAUCUAUCUAUCUAUCUAUCUAUCUAUCUAUCUAUCUAUGUCUAUUCAUAUCUAUCUAUGCAAAGUCUAUUAUCUAUAAGAAGUCUAUUCUCUAUAUAAAUCACCAAUUUCCUAAUCAAUUCAUAUAUCUAUCUAUCUAUCUAUCUAUCUAUCUAUCUAAAAAUAUUAAUAUUUAUUCAUAUCUAUCUAUUUCAAAAUUAAUAUUAUUAUCUAUCUAUCUAUUUAUCUAUCUAUCUUAUGUUUUCUGUCUCAUUUUAUUAGUUUAUCUAAAUUUAUCUAAAUAUCUCUAUCUAUCAUAUUAUCUAUCUUAUCUAUCUAUCUAUCUAUCUAUCUAUCUAUCUAUCUAUCUUCCAUCUCUUCAUAUCUAUCUAUCUAUCUAUCUAUCUAUCUAUCUAUCUAUCUAUCUAUCUAUCUUCCAGUUUCAGUCUCUUCAUAUCUAUCUAUCUAUCUAUCUAUCUAUCUAUCUAUCUAUCUAUCUAUCUAUCUAUCUGUCGAUGGAGUUUGCCCUUGUAUCAGACUUAAACGAACCUAUCUAUAUUGAUCUGUUCAUAGCUAUCUCGCCUGAUCUAUUCAUUAGCUACAGUUACUGA